AUGGCAAAAUUGAUAGGAAGAAUUGCCUUCAGAGCAAUUACUCCUAGUCCACUCUGUAGAUUCAGUAGAGGUGUUGGAAUGUCGGCCAGCUUUACUACACCCCUGCGACGAUACCAAUCUUCGUUACCAAUGGCGUCCUUCCCCCUCAAACGUUCCCUCCCCAGACCGUCGCGUAACUACCAAAUACCUAUACGACUCUUCUCAACAACUCGACGCAUCGACUCGUCUCCCAAAUUUACAUACGGUAUCUCAGCAUCGUACUGCGCCAAAGAGAACCGCUACGACCCUACCAAAAACCUCACGCCCUUCAAUUCGUAUAAUCCUAUCCCCGUACCUCUCAAGCCCGCCAACCGCAGGCCUGCCUCCGGCCAAGAUGCGUUUUUCGUGGCACCCAUAUCUAAUACCUCAGAUGUUGCUCUCGGAAUCGCAGAUGGGGUAGGGGGAUGGAUUGAUUCAGGCGUCGAUCCUAGCGAUUUCUCCCACGGUCUAUGCGAGUACAUGGCGCAUACGGCAUCGGUGUCGAAUAAAAUAGAUGAAGUUCCUAUUUCUGCGAGAAGGCUGUUGCAAAAGGGAUAUGAUCUAAUUUGUGCUUCAGGCAAAGUGCGUGCGGGGGGAAGUACGGCUGUUGUGGGAAUUUUCAACUCUGGGGGGAAUAUGGAAGUUGCAAAUUUGGGAGACAGUGGAUACAUACAAUUGAGAUCGGGAGCUGUACAUUCAGCGUCCGAAUUUCAAACGCAUGCUUUUAAUACACCGUAUCAACUAAGCUUGGUUCCAGAGGCGGUGAUUAAACAGGCGGCGAAAUUUGGGGGACAACAAUUGAUGGAUUUGCCAAGGGAUGCGGAAGUCAUGAGUAAGGAGUUGAAGCAUGGAGAUGUGGUUGUGUUUGCUAGUGAUGGGGUUUGGGAUAACCUAAGUGGAGGGGAUGUACUGAGGAUCGUGAGCAACAGAAUGCAGUACAACGGAGUUUGGGUCAACGGAGCAGGGGGGAAGGGAACUGGAGUAGGGGAAAAGCUUAGAGAGACAAUACAAGAGAGCGAUAACGGAUCAGCAAGUUUGAGUUUGCAGAGUUCUUUGGCCGUAGAUAUUACUGGAGAAGCUAAGGCGGCAAGUCUUAGUUUGAGGAGGGAUGGUCCAUUUGCAAGGGAGGUCCAGAGGAGAUAUCCAGAUGAGAAAUGGAGCGGUGGGAAGUCAGAUGAUAUUUGUGUUGUUGUAGUGGUGGUCGCAGAGGAGGGGAAAUAA